GGGCGGGACCCGGGCAGUCCCGUGACCGGCUGGGCGGGGUCACGUGACGUGGCCGACCGGGCCUCCCAAGAUGGCGGUGUGCGUGGCGGUGAUCGCCAAGGAGAAUUACCCUCUUUACAUCCGCAGUGUCCCCACGGAGAAUGAGCUGAAGUUCCACUACAUGGUGCACACGUCCCUGGACGUGGUGGACGAGAAGAUCUCUGCAAUGGGGAAGGCCCUGGUGGACCAGAGGGAGCUUUACCUGGGCCUGCUGUACCCCACAGAGGACUACAAGGUAUAUGGCUAUGUGACCAACUCCAAGGUGAAGUUCGUUAUGGUGGUGGAUUCUUCCAACACAGCACUUCGUGACAAUGAGAUUCGCAGUAUGUUCCGGAAGCUGCACAACUCCUACACAGAUGUGAUGUGUAACCCCUUCUAUAACCCAGGGGACCGCAUUCAGUCCAGGGCCUUCGAUAGCAUGGUGACGUCUAUGAUGAUACAGGUCUGUUGAGUGAGAAGCUUGCUGCCUGCUGUGUGAAGAGAAGUGUUUUGUACAUACUGUAUUGUGUAGAUGUGUAUUUAUUAUCAUUUACCUCACAUGGGGGUGAGGCCAGGUGGGGGGCAUGUCAACUAAAGGUCUUGUGACA